GGAGCUGCAGGAGCGAGUAGGCGGCCCGCAGCGGACUCGACUGAGGCGCCAUGGAGCUGGGGGCGGGCGGCGCGGCUGGGCCCCGGCAGAGUGACGGGGCAGAGCCGGUCCGCCUGUUCUUCCUGCUUCUGGGCGGGGGUGGUAGUGGAGGGUCGGGUUGGGCGUGGUCCUCGGGGGGCGGCGGGGAGGGUGGGACGGGGACGGACACCGGCCCGGAGCCGGACUAUGAGGCCCUCCCACGCGGGUCUGCGGCUUCCACCCACAUGUUGGCAGGCGCUGUGGCUGGGGUACUGGAGCAUAGCCUCAUGUAUCCGGUGGACUGUGUCAAGACAAGGAUGCAGAGCCUGCAACCUGAACCUGCAGCUCGCUACCGGAAUGUACUGGAGGGCCUGUGGCGAAUCAUGCGAACCGAAGGGAUCUGGCGGCCCAUGCGGGGGCUGAACAUCACGGCCACAGGGGCUGGCCCUGCCCAUGCCUUAUACUUCGCCUGCUACGAAAAGUUGAAAAAGACACUUACCGACAUUAUCCAUGCUGGGGGCAAUAGUCACUUGGCCAACGGUGCAGCAGGCUGUGUGGCAACAUUGCUUCAUGAUGCAGCCAUGAACCCCGCAGAAGUGGUAAAGCAGAGGAUGCAGAUGUACAACUCUCCAUACCAGCGUGUAACAGACUGUGUGCGCUCUGUUUGGUGCAAUGAAGGAGCAGGAGCUUUCUACCGAAGCUACACUACUCAACUGACCAUGAAUAUCCCUUUCCAGGCCAUCCAUUUCAUGGCAUAUGAAUCUCUACAGGAGCACCUCAACCCCCAUAGACAGUACAAUCCUGGCUCUCAUAUGGUGGCUGGUGCCUGUGCUGGUGCCAUUGCUGCUGCCGCCACCACCCCUUUGGACGUUUGCAAAACGCUGCUGAACACCCAGGAGGCCCUGGCACUGAAUACCAACAUCAGUGGACACAUCACAGGCAUGGCUCACGCCUUCAGGACGGUGUACCGCGUGGGUGGGCUGACAGCUUAUUUCCGUGGGGUUCAGGCCCGCGUUAUUUACCAGAUGCCCUCCACAGCCAUUGCCUGGUCUGUGUAUGAGUUCUUCAAAUACAUCCUCACUGAGCGGAAGGAAGGACGGUGAGCUGGAAAGUGAAUUGGGACUUCUCGCCUUGGAAUGGCUGGUGCCAGACUUGGACGACAAGCAGCAAGCCUUUGGAGUAAUGAUGCCGCCUCUUGCCCGCUGCUGCAUUUUGCACAGCCCAUCAUCCUCCCCAGUGGGAUAGCACAUGAUGAGCAGCCACCUGACCUGCCUUCCCCUAGCCCACCACUUAACAAGCAUCUCCCUUCCCCCAAAGUUGUGUGCCCCUAAAUAGAAGGGCGACUAACAGAAGCUGUUGUGAGCAGAUUGAAAUCCAGGAUGAUGGUCUACAUAUCCAAGAAGGAUUGCAGUGAUGCCUUUGUGGUGAUGGUGCUGCAGGAAUUGUUAGCUGAGCCGUUGUCUAGUAGCACGCACAUAGACCCCAUGCUCUCUGGGAAGGCUUUGAUUGUUGUGGUCCCUGGCACUUCCAAUAAAGUCUGCUUUAUUGUCAUGUA